AUGCCUACCUUUAUUGAUCUUACUCAUCUCCAGACUGCCAACAUGAAGCUGUUCGGCGUCAAGGUCAAGAAAGCGGAACUGGCCACCACCAUGCCAAAGCAAGCAAAAGAGAACUUCAUGAAAGGCAUUGAGAACCUCAUUACAGCUGCUGACAACACAACACAUCCUGAUGAUUGGAUCAUGGCGACUCUUCUUACCGGUGUUGCUCUCAGCAAGGAAGAUGAUGAAUGGAUUGGACGACGUCUUCGAACCCACGGAGCAGAAGUCUUGAUCUCGUCCCCGGAACUACUUGUUCUCAGGACCAAAGGAGGAAACACAAUCCAGGUCCCAUUCAUUGGCAUCGCAAACAGAAUUGGUUUUGCGGCCAAGGCACCACCGGAAGUCUUUGAUUUGGUGUCGCCAACAUCUAUCACUGCUGCUUCUUCGGACGAAGAACCGAGCAUGUCUUCAUCCUCCACUCCAACGAAGGGAACUGAUGAAAUCCAAGGCAUCCAAGGCAUCCAAGACAUCCGAGGCCAAAAGUACUUCCUACGUUGA